AUGGAGCUCGGGUUGCCGCAGGACGACGUUGAGGUCGUCCGCGUCCGGAAGUGGCGCCGUGAGCUCAAGCCCAUCGGACCCGGCGGACACCUCGAGAUCAUGUCGUGGGUGCCAGAGGUAUCUGUACCCACGCUUGCUCUGCAGCAGUCGCGUCACCUGAACGCAGAUCCGAAGGGCUCGUCGGCGACGACAAAGAAAAGUGCCAAUGCGCGAAAGCGCGCCGCCGCCGAUGGCUCAGCCGCGCGUAUGACGCGCAGUCUGCGCCACAAUGCCGGCAGCGGAUCCGAGCUGUGGGGCCAACUGCCGCCGCCAUCGACGCGCACGGCCACGCGUGGCAAGGAGGAGAAGAAGCUCGAGAUCCAUAUGGCCCUCGACCAAGGGCAGCAUCACUACGACGCGGUGCCACCUUCGCACGUCUCGUCGGCCGUCCCCACGGAUACAUCGGCGCCAUCGUCCAAGCCCACGUCACCCGCCAAGGUGACGAGCACCGCGACGACGCCAGCCGAGCCGGUGCUUUCAACCAUCAGCAGCGUGGACUCGAACAGCGACUUUCUAGCGGGCAUGAUCCCAUAUGACGGUAGCGCCGACGACGAUGACGACGACGACGACGAAGGAUACCGUACAUUAUCACCGAGCUCGUCGCCCGAGGUCUCGGCGUCACCGUCGCCCGCCGCGUCGCCCAUUUAA